AUGCUAUACACAUAUGUACAUAUACAUAUUAUAACGGCGAUAGCGAAAACGCAAACUUACGGGCAUUUAAAUCAUCCUAAGCUCAAUUUCUUUCCCUCCUGUUGGGUAUGCUUCAGGAGAAUUAACGCAGUCAUCACCGAGGUUCAGCAACCGUCUGUCAUUAAAGCUGAUCUUGGUUCGUCGACUCAUGUAGUACUCGCGAUCCGUUUCUUCGACAUCAGCAUCUGCAUCUAUUCUUGACUCGACUAUAAAUUCUGCCAUCGAUUCGAAAUCUGAUGGAACAUCGGACAAGGUCUUAAUCCACUGGUUGUCCAACACGUCAUGAGCAGAGAAUCGCUCCUCUUUAUCAGUAUUUACGAGUAGCAGAAUGAGAGCCUUUGCAGAAGCGGAGAUCUUAUCCCAUGACGGCGAAGGAAAGCUGACUCGACCACGCAUUAUUUGAGCAAAUAGAUCGUCUUGAGACCCGUCGGAGCUUUGAAAAGGUGGAAAUCCGCAUAACAUCACGUACAAGAUCACCCCAGUCGCCCAAAUAUCAACCUUCUCAUCGUAACCGGUUUCUAGAAUAACCUCUGAUGCUACGUAAGUUGGAGUGCCACAGAUCACCGUCAAUUUCCCUCCAUCUUCCGGUAAUUCGGUGGCCAAACCAAAAUCUGCCAGUUUCAGCUCAAACUCGCCAUGAGGACCAGUAUAGAGAAGUAGAUUUUCUGGUUUCACAUCUCGAUGAACUAUUGAAUUGUCGUGAAGAUACCUCAACCAGUUCCAGUGACAGGUAAUAAGCGCCAUCAAUCGUCCAGUCGUCAAACAUUUUCACAAUGAAUGGGUGUUCGAUACGUUUCAUGAUGGCCAGUUCGCUUUCAAUCAAGGCAAUCUUUCCAACGGCCGAAUCGCGAGCGAUCACUUUCAACGCGCCAUGUUCUUGUGUCCGUGUUCAUAGAAUCCACAAAGAAAAUCCGCAAUAUAUAAGAUAGCAGUUAUAAAGAGUAUGGAUAAAAGAAGAAAAUCUGUUCGAGAGAACUUACCCCAACUCAUCCGGUACCACACUACCGCAACGAUCAUCUCGUAGACUUUCAUUUCGAGCUGGCAUUACUCGUGGACGAGAGGUGGUACCACGCCGACCGCCUCGACGUAUACCACCAGAAUAGAGCCGUUUGUACUCUUCUGAUAUUACGUAAAAAUCGUCGGCGCUAGCUCUCUCGUUGCCGUAAGCAAUGAAUACGUCGUCUUCUCGAAAGAAGUCUUGCAGAGUGAGUACCUGUAAGUGGUUUUCCAUAAGCAUAAUGGCGAAAUCACUUGAGAUUGCAAAUUGGAAACUAA